AUUGGCCCACAUCAUCUUUUUGCAAGCAUGGAACUAAAAGCAGAAGUCUAUCUUGGUUUUUUGCUGUUAUUUGCUUUAAAUGCAAUUGGCAACACCGAAACAGUAAAAGGAUCGAUCCAGCUUAACUCUGGUGUGUUUGAAAAGAUUGUGAAGCAUCACAAAGCAGUUCUUGUUAAGUUUGAUGAGACUUAUCCAUAUGGAGAUAAACAAGAUACCUUUAAAGAAGUUGUGGAGGCCACUAUGUCUCAGGACGAUGCCUUAUGUGCUGAAAUACAGGUGUCAGAUUAUGGAGAGAAAGAAAAUCUCGACUUGGCAGAAAGAUAUGGUGUAACAAAGGAACAAUUCCCAGUUUACAGAUUGUUUCUUAAUGGUGACCUUGAAGGCGUCCUAUACAAAGGAGAUACAAAAAAUGCUAAUGACAUAAAAACAUUUUUGAUGACUGAAGCAGGUCUUUGGUUAGGACUUCCGGAUUGUUUACAAGAAUUUGACGAACUUGUAACCAAAUUUUAUAAUGCAGCUGACAAUGACAAAAAGACAGCUGUAGUUACAGAAGUGGAGAAAGCAGCUGAAAAACUGAAAGAAGAAUCUCAGAAAAAAUCGGCAGAUGUUUAUGUGAAAACAAUGAAAAAAGUUUUGGAAAAAGGAGAAUCUUUCAUUGCAGAAGAAGUAAAAAGAGUCGAAAAAAUUAGAGAUGGAAAAAUAAGCGAUAAGAAAAGAGAACAGUUAGGCUCAAGAUUAAAUAUUUUAACAUCAUUCAAACUUCGAUUAAAAGAAGCAAAAAAAGGAAAGGAUGAACUUUGAAGGAUCUCAUUUUAAUUUUCUGUUUUUCAUUUUGUUUCUUUGUUCAUCAAAUUUGAAUAAUUUUAAAUCUUGUCUUUUUUUCCUAUUUUACAUUUUAUCGCCCAAAAAACUGUUGUUUCGGGUGGGGGAGAAUUUUUUAAGUUUGGUUUUCUUUUCCAUUUCCAUUAUUUAUGAUACAUUUUUCAGUGAAGGGAUACUUCAUAAACGAACUCUUUUGGAGGAAAUGAAUCACAUGUGCCAUUUUCACAUAUUUUGCAAUAAGUUGAUGAAAUGAGAUUUAUUUGUUAUUACAUAUGUACAGUACACUUGCCAGUUGUGCUGGACCAGAAUGUAUUGUUAAUGUUGUUUUGGAGUUGCAGAAUGUAAAUGCAUUCAAAUAUUUUAUGCUGGCAUUUAAAAUAUUCCAACAGGAUGUAGAUUUUAUACUUUAUAAUUUUAUAAAAGUAAUAUAUUAGAGAAAACAUUUAUACUAUACAAGUUUUGAAAUGCCAGGAAUAUGUGUUUUUGAUAUGUUAUUAUAGGUUUAACAAUAAUAAAGUAUAAAAACUA